UGGGAGCGAUCGCUGGGGUCACUCAGGCCCGCAGCAGGAAGUGAAUCGCUCUCGCUGCAGUGACUCUGCGGCGCUGUGGGGAGCCCACGCUCCUUGCAAGAUCCCCGAGCCCCGGCGGCUGCUGCUGGGGACCCCGGAGCCCUGGCUGCAGCCGGGAGAGGGGAAUCUCCAGCAGUAACAUUCCCGCUGCUCCCCAGGAGCCUCCCCCCGGUGCAGAGACCCCAGCCUGGCCAGGACCCCCCUUCCCAGGCCCCAGCCCCUGCUCCCGGGGAGGGCACCGCUUGGAGGGAAGAUGCCGGUGACCUUCGAGGAGGUGGCUGUGUACUUCACGGAGGGGCAGGGGGCUCUGCUGGACCCCGGUCAGAGAGCCCUCUACAGGGACGUCAUGCAGGAGAAUUAUGAGACUGUGACCUCGCUGGGUAAGGAUUCCUGUCCCCUCAGGUAUUUGAAGCCACGGGGUCUGUGUUUCUGCAUCUGGUCAGGUUCUUCCCUGGUCAGUUAGAUUAGAGCGGAAUGGCAUUGUCCAAAGCUCCAGUCUGAGAGAGCCAUUUACCUCCAUACCCUCUCCAAUGGGAUGAACCUAAUGGACCUGCUAAUUCAUCCGCAUCCCUCCAGCUUUCCCAGGGGCAGAAGCCAUUUAUUAUCCUAUGUGCAUUAAUUCUUACUCACAUGCAGGAUCUCUGUGCACCUUCCUUCCUGGGACUGGCUCCUGUGACACUCUAUACCUUGGGGGAGCCCCCUAUAGCCCCCAUAUUCCUCUUCUGUAUGUAAUUGUGAUAUUGCAUAUAAAGCAUGCCAUGUGAGGUAUUAGGGAAAAGGUUCUGAUCGGCUUAAGGUCACUGUUCUAUCUAAAUAUGUGUAUCUUUAGUGCAUAUGAAGUUAUGAGAUUGUUUUAUAUGGUUGUCACUAAAAUAUGCUGUGGACUUGGGAGGUGCCCAGAUACUGGCUCUACGGAGACAAUGAAAAGGGAGGUAACCAACAGCCGGGUGGGUGCUAUUGCGCAGAAAUCACCAGCCAUUCUCCAGCAAGGGAGUUACAAUUCAGUGACUCACCGGUAUGAGGCCACACCAGGGGAAUUGCUCAGCCUGGCCCUGGAGACUCAGCAAAGCCCCCAGACAUGACUGGAUUUGUGCUUCCCGAGCACAUGGGACUGAGGAUACAAAACAGAACACAGUGGCCACAUGCUGGACCUUUCUUCUUCACCCACCUACACUGAAAGCAACAAGGACACUGAAGACUUGAGACUCCAACUGAGGGGACUGGCCCAGAUUUCAAAGGACUCCCCAUUCCCAAACCUGACCUGAUUGCCCAGCUGGAAGCAGGGGAAGAGCCAUGGGUCCCGGAUCUUCAGGUCUUUGAGGAAAGGAAGAUCCCAAGAGGCACCCACACAGCAGGUGACGAGACAAUGAGUGAUAACGAGGAGGGGGAUCCACAGCAGGAAGGACUUGAGCAAGUGGAACUCCAGGGGACCUUUUUAAGAAAAGCUGGAGGGGAGUUCUCCCAGUGCUUGGAACAGAGAAAAGCCUGGAGUAAUUGGCACAGGUCAGAGAGGAAGCUAGGAAAAUGCCCAAGGAAGAAAGUGGAGGAAUCCAUUGAAUGUGGGAGAGGAGGCAAGGAUCCCAAGGAAUCUGCAGCCCAGCAGACAAAUCAGAGGGAAAAGAAACUGUAUACAUGCUUGGACUGUGGGAAAAGCUUCAGUCAGCGCUCAGGUCUUAUUUGUCACAGGAGAAUCCACACAGGAGAGAGGCCAUACAAAUGCCUUCAGUGUGGGAAAAGUUUCAGUGCACCAUCAGCCCUUAUUGUACAUCAGCGAACCCACACGGGAGAGAAACCCUAUAAAUGCUUGGACUGUGGGAAAAGUUUCAGUCGGCACUCAGCCCUUAAUAGCCAUGGGACAAUCCACACGGGAGAGGGACCAUAUAAGUGCCUUGAGUGUGGGAAAAGUUUCAGUGUACCCUCAGCCCUUAUUACACAUCAGAGAAUCCACAUGGAAGAUAAACCCUUUAAAUGCUUGGACUGUGGGAAAAACUUCAGUCAGCACUCAGGACUUAUUAACCACAGGAGAAUCCACAUGGGAGAGAGACCAUAUAAAUGCCUUCAGUGUGGGAAAAGUUUCAUUGUAACAUCAGCCCUUAUUACACAUCAGAGAACCCACACGGGAGAGAGACCCUAUAAAUGCCUUCAGUGUGGGAAAAGUUUCACUGAAUCAUCAACCCUUAUUGUACAUCAGAGAACCCACACAGGAGAGAAACCCUUUAAAUGCUUGGACUGUGGGAAAAGCUUCAAUAGGAGCUCAAAUCUUACUACCCAUCGGAGACUGCACACGGGAGAGAGACCCUAUAAAUGCUUGGACUGUGGGAAAAGUUACAAUGGAUCAUCAGCCCUUAUUGUACAUCAGAGGAUCCACACAGGAGAGAGACCCUAUAAAUGUUUGGACUGUGGGAAAAGCUUCAGUCGGCGCUCAAUCCUUAUUAGACAUGGGAGAAUCCACACUGGGGAGAAACCCUAUAAAUGCUUGGAGUGUGGGAAAAGCUUCAGUCAGCGCACAGGCCUUAUUAAGCAUGGGAGAACCCACAAGGGGGGAAAACUGUGAAAAUGCCUCCACUGUAGGAAAAGCUUCCAACAGAACUCACACCUUAUUAGACAAUCCACAUAAAAGAGAAACCCCAUAAAUACUUGAAUGGUGGGAAAAGCUUCAAACCCAGGCCAUAUCUUCCUAAACAUCAGAGAAUUCACAUGGGACAGAAUCUAUAAAUGUCUCAACUGUGGAAAAAGUUUCAUUUGAAUAUCAAACCUUGCUUCACAUUAGACGAUCCACACAAGAGAGAGAGCCCAUAAAUACUUGGAUUGUGGGAAAAGCUUCAAUAACUGGAGGGAAAGAUUCAGUCUAAGCUCACACAUUAUUCCCCAUCAGAUAAUUCACAGAAGAAAGAGCUUGAAUGUGGGGGUACCUUCUUUUGGUGCGCACACAGCAUCAAGCAUCAGCAAAACCAAACAAGGAGGAGCCCUCUCAGAUGUCCUUAGCAUGAAAAAUGCUUCAGUUGGAGCUAACACCACAUUGAACAUCAGAGACUCCUCCACACAGGAGAGAAAUUCUCUCAGUGCCCUGACUAGGGCCGGUCUUAGUAAAAACUCCAUUUCCUAAUUCCCACACACAGCAGUGGCAUUUGGCUCCCAGGUAUCCAGCUGCCCAUGUCUGGGGGCAGGUUCCAGCAGCAGCUAACCCCAAUCUGAUCAGUGACCCUCUGGCUUUGCCUGGUCUAAGCAAACCUCUGGCAGAGGAGGAGCAGUUCUGAUCAGCCCCUCCUCCCUGCUGUAGCCCUGGCUGCUGAACUGAUGGGCCUUCCUGCCUCCUGGUAACUGCUGAGGAACGGGAGAGAGAAAUUCCUCCAGAAGCUCCCUCUGCUUGGAUGAAGUUCUCUUCUUUCCUUUCCCUUCCCAGUCAGGAUGCCCCUUCCAUGGAGACUAGGAGAGGGAGGCUCCACAUUCACUCUAGACACCUGUCCCCACCCCCCAUUUUCCAGUAGCCUGUGGGCUGGGCUCCCCCACUUACCUGGAGCUAGUCCCUGCAGGGUGAAUGUCCCUGAAUGCUGGCAACUCUUCCUCUCCCUAAAUCCCCUAAGGUGCUGGGUUCUGGAAGGGACCAGGAGGGAUGGGUUGGGGAAGACAGUGGGUGAUUGAAUGGUUGGGUCCGGUGGAUGUGGGGAGCGUAGGGUACUCAGUGCCAGGGAAAUCAAAUGUUAGGGAGGCCAUUUGGUCACAUGCUUUGAUAUUAGUUUAGUUUGACAGGAUUUAGCAUAGCUUUUUUUGAGGAUUUUACGAGAUAAAUGCUUGUUUGCCAGAAGUCUUUUUUAUUUAUUUUAACCUUUCUUUACCCUUUGUCAUGAGAUGUUUGUGUGUUUGAACAAUUGUGUGUUUGGGGGAGGGAUAGCUUAGUGGUUUGAGCAUUGGCCUGCUAAACCCAGGGUUGUGAGUUCAAUCCUUGAGGGGGCCAUUUACGGAUCUGGGGGGGGAAAAUGGGAAUUGGUCCUGCUUUGAGCAGGGGGUUGGACUAGAUGACCUCCUGAGCUCCCUUCCAACCCUGAUAUUCUAUGAUUCUAUGAACAAUGAACCUUAUCAAUAUGUCUCAGCACGAACACUGAUGGUGAGUGCUAGACUCGCACUCAGAGAGGCAGAGACUGAAUGGGGCAUGGAGUUACUGCCUGAUCCCUGCAGAGAUGUUAGAUGCAGUGAGAAGGGGUAGAGGAUGGGUGGUACAGGGAACAGAGCUGGGAAACAACAGACUUUCCUCUUGAGAGCCAGACAGUGGAGGCCGAGAAGUGUGUACUUGCUGCAUCAAUGCCAGAGAGACACAGGAAUUGUCCUAUGAGUGUUGGGUGAAGCCAUCCCUGAAAUCUAAAAGACUACAAAUGAUGCCCCCACAGGAAUGAAGAGGGGAGGUGGCAGCAUCUCCCGAAUGCUGAGAGGACGAGACUGGGCAGAGACAAGAAGGAAGCUGGAGAAGACAACAGGCCACCUGGGCCAAUCUUGGAGCCAGGCUGACCCCCAUCCUUGAGGCCAGAGUGGGC